UGACUCCUCUUUCCAAGAUUAGAGGAACUGAAACACGCUUUCUUCGGCAACUCUUUCCGCAAGUAAAUUCUCGAAAGGCUGAAGUUCAAGGAAGGACCUCAACGAGACUUCUCAUGGCCAGUUCGUCGUCAUCCUGCUCCCAAUCUUCAUCUGUCGCGCAAGACCACGAAUCGCCGGUGAAGACAGCCGAGUCGCCCAUUAUUCCUGUCUCAGAAGCGGAGACGAUCGGAAACAGUUCUCCAAAAUCUGUGAUUCCUAACACCAUGGCGGAUGCCGAUGCUGCGGCUCCAAAGCCUUCAGGCAGCCGCUCUCAACUGAAGACGCCAGAGCCUCGCCUCUCCAAAGAGCGCAUGAACGGCCAUAAAGACGGCGCAGAAAGAUCGCCCAGCACGCCCGGGUACCUGGCUCCGUUUGACUGGGAAGAGUUCGAGGCUCGGUAUGAAGAGGCGCUCGCUGAUGCUGAUCGUCAGGAGCGCGAGCUUCUACAAGAGUUUGAGGAUCUUGUCAAGUUCUUCAAUGUCUGGGCCUCUGCUGCUUCGGUCCAUGACACCGAACGCGGAGUAAAACGGCUUCAGACCAGGGAACGGUAUGUUAAGAUUGCCGAGCAGAGCCUGUCGCAAAAGAAGAAGCACCUCUCGGAAGUUGUCCGCGCCUUUCAAAGUGCCCUGGCCCUCCUGAGCCAGACUUAGGCCCCCGAUCACAGAAUCAUUUUGUGGUCCGGUCGAGCCACUGUUCCUCCCAGCGCGGGACACUCUCAUAGACAGCACUCAUCAUCACCUUCUUCCGUUAUUGCAGUCGAUGCUGGCGGCAAUCUGCAAAGAUAAUCAUCGCGCUGGGCUACCGUUUUCCAAAAAACGAAACGGAACUUUCAUCACAUCCACACCAGUCAGCGCAACUUCCUCGGUCGGCCCCAAAGCAACGGCCAACCUGCUCUUGGUCGAGUUUGCUUCUGAGAGAGCGCUUCUGUCAUUCUGACAACCGAAGCGACACAAAACGAAUUGAAACAAAAAGA